UGAGUAGAUCACGUUUGUUUGGUGUGAAAUUGACACCAAACUGUGACAAACCAUCAUACAAACAGAAGCUUAUGAGCUUACAACGACUUAAACAGAAGACGAGAUACAACAACUGAAAUCGCGUGAGGCUACCCGCCCUUGAUCUUGCUCGUUUGUAGUGACAGUAUGGACUUCGACCGCGUUCUUCCUCAAGAAAGCUCUCCACAACUCGACGACGACACGGUCAAGUACGAGGGUGGUAGUAAACAUGGAAUUAAAGCUCUUAUGGUCAUGGACGACUUAAGAAAACGCCAACAGCUAUGCGAUGUAACGAUCUGCGUGGGAAACAAACAACUGCGUGCGCAUCGCAUAGUUUUAUGCUCGUUAAGUUCCUACUUCCUUGCCAUGUUUACCGGUGGUAUGGCCGAAAGCUAUGAGGAAAGUGUGACAAUUAACGAGGUCGAUGGUAGAGCUGCUGAACUCCUCAUCGAUUAUGCGUACACCGGAAAGCUCGAUAUCACUGUGGACACGGUUCAGUCCCUGCUCUUUGCAAGCUCAUUAUUUCAACUAACCGCAAUUCAGAAAGCUUGUUCAGAUUUCUUACUCCGACAACUUCACCCUUCGAAUUGUUUAGGGAUCCGUUCGUUUGCCGAUACACAUUCCUGCGCCGGUUUAUUUGAAGCAUCGGAGAAAUACAUACACGAACAUUUUAACGACGUAGUACAGAACGAAGAAUUUCUGCUGCUUUCUCCCAACGAGUUAGCUUUGUUGUUGACUUGUGAAGACCUAAAUGUGAAUUCUGAGGAGGACGUGUACAACGCGUUAAUUGCGUGGGCGAGGGAAAACGUUGAAGAGAGGCAAUCAUUCUUAGCUGAGCUUCUUGGUAAAGUUCGCCUGCCGUCGCUCUCCCCUCACUUUCUGGUGGAUCAAGUGGAAAAAGAAGAGCUUAUUCGUCAAGACAUCGCUUGCAGGAAUCUUUUAGACGAAGCAAAGAAUUUUCACAUGCUUCCUGAUAGGAGAGGCAAGCUCAGAGGUGAAAAAUCACGCCCUAGAAGAUCUACCUACGGAAGUUUAUACAGUGUCUGUGGAAUGGACUCUACUGGUCAUCCAGUGAAAAGCGUGGAGAAGUAUGACUUCCACAGUGGCAAAGUGAAGCUUGUGGCACCCGUCAACACUGCUCGCAGUGGUGUGGGUGUGGCUGUACUUGAUGGGAAAAUGUAUGCUGUAGGAGGUCAUGAUGGAACAACGUACCUGAAUAGCGUUGAAUGCUAUGAUAUCAGGACAAAGCAAUGGAAGUAUGUUGCAUCUAUGGCACACGCACGUCGUUAUGUUGCGGCAGCAGCCUUGGAUGGCCUUCUUUAUGCUGUUGGUGGCUAUGAUGGCUUUGCAGUUCUUGACUCUGUUGAAGUGUAUGAUCCGAGACUGGACCAGUGGAAACCUGCUGCUAAUAUGGCUAAUCCCCGAAGACAUGUUGCUGUAGGUGUUUUGGAUACAAAGGAUGCAACUGGAGAUGGUUCUGGACCAGGGUAUCUGUAUGCUGUUGGUGGUCAUGAUGGAAUCAACUAUCUAAAAACAGUAGAGAGGUACAACCCAGAGACGAAUGAAUGGACUUGUGUGGCAUCCAUGGGUGCACGAAGGGGUGGGGUGGGUGUGGCAACUCUUGGAGGAUGUCUGUAUGCAACUGGGGGUUAUGAUGGAGCCUCCAACCUGAGUACAUCAGAACGCUAUUACCCAGAUGAAGAUAGAUGGGCAUUUGUAGCUCCUAUGAGUGUAUGUCGCAGUGGACAUGGUGUAGGAGUUGUCAAUGGUUGUUUGUAUGCUCUGGGUGGUCAUGACGGAGUGUCAUACCGAAAUAAAGUAGAAUACCUCAAUCCUCAAGUUGGUGAAUGGACAACUGUUGGCCCAAUGGGAAUGAGCAAAGCUGUUGCUGGAGUCGCUGUUGUGAAAGAAUAUUAGUGUCUGUGCUUUCAAGUCUUAUCUAUACCAACAUUUUUUUCUUAAUGAGUGAAAUUUAUUUUUCAUGCUAUGCAUGUUAUGUUUUUAGGAAAAAAUUUAUUUUAUUAUUUGACUAAUUCACAAACUAUGAAUAAUUUCACAUUGGGGCAUUUCCCAAGAUGUUGUGUCUAUAAUUCAAUUGUUGACAUUAUUAAGAAUUAACUAGGUAAUGCAGAAUUAAACAAAAAAAUGGAUGUAGGGUGAAGUAUUCCCAGCUUCAAUUGUCACUGAAGGAGACAUUCAAAGCUUAUUUAUCACUCAGGCAAGUGUAAAAGAUUCCAUUGAACACACACAAGCAAGGAUUGGCAGUCAAUAAAAUUGAAUGGCUUUCCUCUUACUAAAUGUUGUACGAGGGGAACUCCUUUCUUGCGCCUUGUUAACCCUUUAAAUCCUAAGAGUGACUAGCAUCUAAUUUCUCCCCACAAUAUCUCCCCUGAAUCACACAUUAAGGUCAUGAGAAUGAAGGAAAUGAUCACCGAUGAAAGAGCCUUUGAUUGGUAAACAAAUUCUCCUGUUAGCACCUUAGGAAAUGUAUAAAGAACAGUAUGGAGAAUAUGCAUACUGAUGUUCGGGUGUAAAGGGUUAAGUUUCUGCUUUAUUGUGUAACUCUACAACUUGUGUGUUGUUGGCGAUCACCAUGAGUGAUAUGUUUAAAAAAAUCCUAGGGCAACUGUUACAAAAUAGUUAUACAGCCAUGCUUCUGAUUGAACAAUUUUUGAUCUGAAUCAAUUGAAAAUAUUUAUUUAUGGUUUUAAGUGAAAAAAAAAUUAAGCUCAAGCAGAAUGUAGCUGUGCAUAUUUUGUUCUGGUUUGCAUGGGGGUGAUGUGGAGGUACAGCAUUCUUGCUUCAAGGCAAUUCUGUUGCCUCUGUGAACCUUCUGACUCCCGAGAUUCAAUGAGUAAGUCUCCAUUUUAACUCCCUAAUAUUUCCCUGAUAUGUCUUAUCAAGAUAACACCAAGGUUUUAGGGUUGUCUGAUCUCACUUGUUUGUAAGAUAACAUAUUGGAACCGUCAAGAGAAGUCUUUUGUUAAUAACUUCUGAGAGUUUAGGAGUUAAAACUAUGGGAAAAGCAGGCUCCCACCAAAUAAAAAUAUUUAAAGAAGCUGUUUAAGUAUGUUAAGAGAUGUGAUAUACUUCCUAUGGAGUAAAUUAAAUAAAUUUUAAAAACCUUUUCACUUU